AUGAAGCUUCGAACUGUCUAUCUAUUUACAAUUGGAGCAAUCACUGUUCCUAUCUAUGCCAAUUUCUUUGCUAACAAGAUCACUGAAAUCGAUAUAACUAACAAAUACUUUCUUCCCGGGAUCAACCUAGACUUACUUGGUGACGAUGCUGACUACACCAAAAUUAAUUUGGAUGCCCAGAGAUAUGAAGAAGACGUGCAAGAGUUCAGUAAACAUAUUGUUGCUCUUCGCGAUAAAGAUACGGAAUUCACUGCUCAAGAAACAAUAAUUGAUUUGACAGACACUGAUGAUCUGAUUAAUUUUUCCCAAAUAACGAAGUAUAAAUUGAGUCGCCGUGAAGAUUUAAAUGAAGCAAGAAUGAACUAUAUUCUUGAAACGAAUCCCAAGGGCGUGGUAGUCUUUGAAGAUACUAAAAAGGUUUUAGUUGCCGAUCCCAACGAUAUUCUCUAUAAGAGUAAUGACGAGCUAAAAAGAAGAGUCGAAGCUGGGGAAAAGUUCAAAUAUACAGAAGUUGAUUUAGGCAAUGAUUUUGAGAGCCAAAUCACAUACGAACCAAUAAUGGUUCCAUUAACUGGAUGUUUAAAGUUUCCAUUGGGAAGAGGAACAGGUUCUGUAGCCUUCUCUUACAGCGUCGGGCUUGAAAUGAACAUUAACGGUGAAGGUGGAAUUUCAUACUCACCUUCUCAAACUGAACAGAAUAUCACAGUUAAACUUGCCAUCUCAUAUUCUACCAAUUUGAAGGUAACUAAGAGAUUCUCCAUAACCGGAACUCACACAUGUUCUUCCGCUAAUGGAGCAGGCGUUAGAUUGUUCUACAGACCAGGGGUUCUAGAAGUUAUACCAAAGACCAGAAAUAUAAUAGUUGAUGGGCUCAGAAGAUACAUGUUCAAUGAAGUCUGGCAACCGCUCAAGGCUAUUAAACAUCUUGUUGAUACUGCUCCUAUAUUCUAUUGCGGAACAGAAGAUAAAAUGAAUCUAAGAUGUGGAUCUCCAACAAUUACGUAUGUUGACAAAAAUGGAAACGAUUUCAAGUCAACAAAUUAUGAACAUUAA